AUGAAAACAAGACGGCUAACUGCUGCAGGGACAUCUCACAAGACGAGGAAAUCGUUAGGAUUGGUAAGGUCCGGACGUGUGAUGGACUCUGGAGUUUCACGUACGACUCCUGUGACCAACUUUGAUGUCAUUGAGUCCGAUAAAGAGAACAUUUUGCCACUCAAAAACGGAAGAUCAGCUGCUGCUUUAUCCAACGCAUUGCAAGACAAGAGCGAAGCCCGAAGUGCGGACAGAAUCGCUGAAAAGCGAUUGGCAUUUGAAAAUCGUAUUUUAACGGAACUGGAAGUCUUGGAUGACCCUUUAGAGCUUUAUCUGGAAUAUAUCGACUGGAUAAACACCGCUUAUACGCAGGGACCCCAGACAAAACAAAGUGGUAUGGUCGAGGUGCUGGAGCGUUGUCUGAUGUAUUUCAAGGACAUUGAAACGUAUCGAAACGACCCUCGGUAUGUCAGGCUGUGGUUGUGCUACGUCGAGUUGUUCUCAAGCGCCUUGCAGGAGAGACAAACCAUAUUCGUGUACAUGUCAAGGAAACAGAUUGGAAUCAAACUGACUCUUUUUUACGAGGAUUUUGCAUCCUUGUUAGUCGAAAUGAAGGACUACGCGCAAGCUAGGGAUGUGUUGACUCGCGGGAUCGAGCAGAACGCACGUCCUUUGCAAAGAUUGAAGAAAAGUUUGGCUGAUUUUGAUGACAACAUGCGGGUCAUGAACGUAAAAGUGCCGUCAAUUGCAACCGGAGACGGCUUAUUAGACCAGGUAGAGUCUAGCGUAAUUCUUGGGAAGGGUAAAGAUGAAAUACGCGAAGAUUUUGUUACUGCGGGCAGUAGUUUGGAUCAGUUGCACGCUAAACAUCAGAUUUUUAAAGACGAAAGCGAAGCGCAUAGUAUGAUAAUGUUAAGAAACGAGGGUUGGGAUUUGCUUGAAGCGAAAAGAUUUCGAGAUAAGGAGAAUAAAAAACUAGCUAUUCCGAUAAGAUCUAGUUCGAAUGUUGGUAAAAUGGUCCAAGAAACACCGAGCGUAAGACCAGCAGAAAGAAUUUCAGUUUUCAGAGAUGAUAUCGGAAGAAGUAAGCCCGUGUACAAGAUAAUUGAGAGUGCAGGUCGAAAACCUGAAAAAAUCGACUGCAACUUUGACAUAAUUUUCCCCUCUGCCACUCAGGAGUUUUCAUUUGAAGAGAUUCUGGCCAUAUCAAGAGAUAUUUACCAAAAGCGAAUAAAACCAGCUAAUGACAACGAUCGCCCAACAAGAUCAUCGGCUAGUGCAUCAUCAACGCAAGGUAAUGUCUCGAAAAGGCCCAAGUUGGCGCUUAAAGAAAAAACUGCAAUUGAGAGCAUUCCUGCCAAGGAGAGUGUCGGCGGCAAAAACGAGACGCGUACCUCUUCGUCUGGAAUUCAAAAGAUUACUUGUACGUCUGUCCUUCCACUUAAUGAUGAAGCGCAUCCCGGAAGUUCAAUACCGAGAAAGGAUAAAGAAAAGGAACCGGGCUCGCCCACUGUCACUUUUUUCUCGAAGGACGCGAUGAACGAAGUGUAUUCAAUGUUCAAUCAAAGCUAUUCUGAGCCCAAAGGUCAUAUUGAUACUGAUGACACCACCUCCAAAUUUGCGGUUUAUGAAAAUUUCACUCAAGAAUUUACGAGGAAAAGCAUGGAUGAUCUAACAGAAGUUAAAGAUGUCGCUCCAGAAGGAGGUCGGGUUGAAAGAACACCGCUCAAAAAAUCCCAAGACAAGUUCCAUCAAGUGAAAGACGCGGUCACACCGUCUUACAAAAGUAAACUUCAAGAAUACAUGACUCCAAUCAAUGAGCGGACGGAAAGCACGAUCAGAAUGGCACUUGACGCAGAGACGAAUGAUGAGGAUACGAGAAAAAGCGAUUUCUUGGGAUCUAUCACGACUGAGAGCUCACCUUUUUUGACCCAACCACAGUUACAAGCCCUGCCUCCUGCAGACAACAACCUUGUCAUACCAGAUCCUCUUAGUGAAAAAAGAAGGGAAGCCAUGCUGUCAUCAAUUCAGCCUUCUUUGGACACCUACGGCACCUUUUUCAGUUACAGUCAAUGUUUGAAAAUGAGCUCACUGCUAAAGAAGAUUCAUAAAGUGUCCAAAUCUGCGAACAAAAAUCCAAUAAUUGAUUUCAAAAAGACAAAUGACUUGUACUGCAUUAGGGCGGAGCUUGGAGAAGGUGGAUAUGCUACAGUGUACUUAGCGGAAUCCAGUACAGGUUCUUUGAAAGCACUGAAGGUUGAGAAACCAGCGAGUACGUGGGAGUUUUACAUUUUGAAGCAGGUAGAAACCAGGUUGAUGGGUCACAAAAUACUAGAGUCAAUAAUAAAUGUGAGUUCACUUCAUUGCUUUCAGGAUGAAAGUUAUCUAGUCCUGAAUUAUGCCCAUCAGGGUACCGUUCUCGAUCUUAUCAGUGCUGAAAAGGGACGCUCUGCUAAUGCACUGAAUGAAUACCUUUGCAUGUUUAUUACUGUUGAAUUGAUGAAAGUCCUUGAGUGUAUUCACGACGUGGGUAUCAUACAUGGUGACUUGAAAGCUGAUAAUUGCAUGAUUCGCUUUGAAGACAACGGGAUGCCAUUAGGAAAUUAUGAUCCAACGGGGAAAAACGGAUGGUCCUCGAAAGGUAUUUACUUGAUAGAUUUUGGCCGCUCUUUCGAUUUGACUCUCUUUCCGCUCGGCACGAGGUUCAAGGCCAAUUGGCACACUGAUCAACAAGACUGUCCCGAAAUGAGAGAGGGGAGACCCUGGACUUACGAAGCUGAUUACUAUGGGCUUGCCGGAAUAAUACAUGUAAUGCUUUUCGGGAAAUUCAUAGAAACUAAGCGAAUAUCGGAAAAUCGAUAUGCCAUUUGCGGGACGUUGAAGAGAUAUUGGAAACAAGAUCUUUGGGCAGCGUUGUUUGACAUUCUUAUUAACAGUAGCAACUUCGAUAACCUCCCAAUCACCUCAAGGUUGCGGGAGCAAAGAGAGCGGUUGGAGUCGUGCUUGCAAAAUGAAGGCAGUGCCAGACUCAGAAGUGAAAUUGUCAACCUUCAAUCGGACCUGUCCAAGUUUAAUAGAUGA